AUGAGUGCGGAACAGAAUCCGCCGGACAGCAACCAGCGCACCUUUAUGGACGACAACGGUAUCCUGCACAGCGAGCAGCGGGAAGACCCCGUGGCUGCGUCCGUGCGGCGAACGCUAAGGCUGGUGAGUCGCAAGAACACCAUCUUUGUCGUAUCCCUGGUGGUCCUUAUACUCGUACUGACGGCGGCUGGCGGCGUCAGUGUGGCCUUUGUCAACAAGUAUUACACCACGCAAAGCCACCGUGAGUACAUGCUGGCACAAAACCGUGUCGUGCUGAACAGCUCCGUGUUGAUGCUGCAAAUGUAUCAACGCGACCUGCAGGCCGGUGCAGCGGACUUGAUGAAGUUUAUGCGCGCCUCACCCGCGUCUGGACAUUACCAGAACGUUUCUGCCUUACGUGACGCGUUAAAGGAGCCUUUUCUUGCGGCGUGGAGGACGUGGCUGCUCUCGUCGAGCAUCACUACCACGCAUUCUAUAUUUGUGCCGUUCUGCGAGGAGAGCGAGAUCAACUCGGGCAGCUGCCCCAUCAUGGCCCUCAGCAUCGCUUGCCUCCCGUAUGACAUGUCGCGGCUGUGUACCUUUGAAAGCUCCAACGAUGAUGGGCUGCAAACGUCCAUGUACGAAAUCACCUUUCGCCACGGCGUACCAGUCAUCUCGUCCUUCAAAGGGUACGGCACUAUCAACGUUGGGUACCGCCCCAGCCAAACGGACUCCGAUCGUGGCUUCUACCUCGACCCGUCCUACGCUGCUGGUGUCGACAGCUCGGAGCACCCACUGCUGAUGUUACGGCGACAAGAAUAUCUCUCGUUUGGUGACGACACCAACCGCAUCGUCAUGUGCGACUCGGGCAGCUUUUUGGAGCAGUGGUUCUACCGCUACGAGAAGAGCCUGCAGAAGUCGUCGGACAGCUACUCGGUUCUGUUCCGCGACAACGGCACCAUCUUAGCCUACGGGUACGGCGAUGGGGCGUUCAUGGACUCCUCGGACCCGGUGCCAUGCCGGUUCUACACGCAGGACGACGCUUCAAGGCAGUGUGGUGACUCCAAGGCCGGUGUGCUGGACAAGAUUGUGGACGUCUUCGAGGCGUCGUUCCCCGCAUCGGAGGUGCUCUCAUCGGAUACCGCGAACAAUACGUUUACGCUGACGAAGCAGAUGGACGAGUACUCCGUCGCCUACCAAGAUUUCAUGCGCUUCCGCACUGACGACGCCAACGACAUUGUCUUCUUUGCGGCGUACGCGACCCGGAUUAACUCCACACUCGGCCGGGACGGCAUUCUGCAGAUCGUCAUCUGUGUGAUUAUUAUUUUUCUCUGCAUGUUUAUCCUGGGCGGCGUCGCCCUCGUGUCCAUGACGCAGAUGAUGAAGGUAGUCCAGGUCAUCUCCCAGCUCGCCACCCACGCCGCCAUGUACGACACCAAUAAAAUGCGCGAGGUGCUCGACCAGCAGAACCCCGGCUACCUCGCGCGCACCAUCACAUCGGCCGCGACCAUUAACGACGAGUUCCGCCGCAUCCUGGCGAACCUCAACGCGUAUCGCCCCUUCCUCCCGCAGUCGCUGCUCGCCAAAGGGAACUUCGACUUUUCUGAAGAAGGGACGGACCGGGCUGCGCUGACGCGGAAAAAUAGCGCUUUCCCGAACGACUCCCGCGAUGCCUUGGACGGCGAAAACCGGCACCAUUACCACCGCCACCACGAACUGCGAGGCGCCGAGCUCUUCUCGCCCAUCGCCGAUCACGAGCAGCGCCACAUCUUGUCCAACCCGAUCGAGAACCGCCGGCUACUGCAGCGCGGCUUUCACCGGACCAAGUCUACCGUCCUCGUCGCCAGUCUGUCCAACGUUGCGAUGGACGCCGCGGAUUCGGUCGAUGUGAUCAACAAGUUUGUAGAGACGGUGCUGGAGCACGCCGCCCACGCCAAUGGCGUCGUGGAGGCGAUUGAGUAUCAGAAGAUCGUGGUCUCCUUCAACUCGCACUUCCAUGUGCCGCGGCACCAGGAAAAGGCCUGUCUGUGUGCGUUGGGCAUGCGGGAGUCCUUGCAGAACAGCGGCUGUAAUGUGACCAUCGGCAUUUCCACUGGCUACAACUACGUCGGCACCACCGGCACGGAACAGCAGAAGGCGCGUGUGAUGGUGGGCGAGAGCGUCGUUGUGGCGCACGCCUUGGCCACGCUGCAGCACAUUUUGGGCUGUUCCAUCUUUGCGAGCGAAGCCGUCGUGCAUGAGGCGCUGGUGACCACCGUGAUGGUCGACGUCGUGCAACUCUACUACGAGUACAAUCACGAGUGGAAGCAGUACAACGUGUCUGAAAUCAUCGGAAGCCGUGCGUCCGUGCUAUCCGCGGACAUGCUCCUCGUGAAAUCGGUCUUCGCGCUGGUGCGGUAUCGACAGGCGGAGGCGGCGCUUUUGGCGGUCCGCGCCUACGUGAAGGAGUCGCAGGAUAAUAACCGCCCGCUGCCGUGGCCGGUGCAGCGUCUCCAUGCGCUUGUCGAGGCGCAGCAGACACUCAUCAAGAACGGCUACCACCGCGAGCGGCGACAGUGGCAGAGCCUCGAAGGCGUCGAGGUCAUUGCCAACCACCUCGCCGAGGUGAACAUGCUCUUGGUGAAGCAGCAGCAACGACAGAGACACCCCUUGGCGAUCUCUAGCAACGUGACGUCCGGCUCCUUUGUUUGUGCCUCUCAGACUGGGGCUACGACGGCGACGGACGUGGCGGCGAACACCAACGACGGCUUUACCCGGCAAGAUGAGACGCAGAUCGCACGGGCGCUGAUGGGGGAGCAGUCGAAGGCCACUGCGGCGAAGCGGUUGGUGAGGCCAGCGCAGGAAGUCGCCCACAGCGAGGAGGACACGAUGUUUGCCAUUUUUGUGCCGAACAACGACGAUGAGGAGUCGGGGGACGACACCGCCGCAGAGGAAGAAGAGCAAAACCGGAGCCUGCCGAAUACGCCGGCGACGAAGGCGAAACCAUCCGAGCGCGACGCCGCCGUGAAGGCGGACCUCCCACUGUCCCCACUCCCACCCCCAGCGGAGCAGAGCCGUUUUUCUACCCCAGCGAUGGUUGCAACCACUGCGGCUGCGGCCUACCCUUCGCCUUCUGCGCCACUCUCUGUCGAAGUGGAACCGGCACUGAGCGUGUCAGGCCGUUUGCCCUCCCCCGCCGUGCAGACGCACCACGCUCCUUUAGUGCAUCCCGUCUUAACAGGACUGCAGUCGCCCACCGGAGGAUCGUCGAGCGUGGAAGGCGGCACCAACCGCCCAAAUACUGACGGCAGUGUUUACGGUGGUAGCGGCCACGGCCGUGCAGCGAGUUUCAUCGACGACGGCCAACUCGUCUGCGCUGACUCGGCGUGGAAAGGCAGCGCGGAUGGCAGCAUGGGCAGCUCUCCUCACCUGCGGCAGCACAGUAGCUUUGAAUUGCCGCAGCGAAUUGUCUCGGUGGAGGGUCAGGUCUUUUACCGCACCUCGCACCAGAUCGGCCGCGGUUCCUUCGGGGCGGUGUACCUGGUCAUCUCCGAGACGGGUUACCUAGGUGCCAUGAAGACCAUCCCGCUGAAUCAGAGCAACGCAUCGCAGCUGAUUCACGAGGUGGAGACGCUGUCGCAGAUGCGCCAUGAGAACAUCGUCGGGUACGACUGCUGUGCGGUGCAGGACGAGUACUUCUUCAUCAUUUGCGAGUACAUGUCCGCCGGCACGCUAGGCAAGCUGAUUCAGAGCCUCACCUCCAUUCCCGAACGCGCCGUGCGCAAGUACGCGCGCGACGUGCUUUUCGGGCUCUGCUACCUGCAUCAACACUCGUUGGUGCACUGCGACAUCAAGCCGGAAAACAUUUUGAUGCUGUCUGACGGCACCUGCAAGCUGGCAGACUUCGGCGCAGCUUCGCUCUCUCGCAGCUUCGCAGAGGCCACGACGAUGCGUGGCACGGCCCGCUUCUCAGCCCCGGAGGCGAUCAUGGGUGUGUGCAGCAAAGCCGGCGACGUGUACAGCUUCGGCAUCACGUUGGCACAGAUGGUGACGGGUGUGCAUCCCUGGCACGCCUACCGGGAGAGCGACGCGUUUUUUGUCGUGCGCUACCUUGGCGAGAUCCGUCACACGCUGGAGACCGGUGAGCCGUGUGCGAUGCAGCCUGACCUGCCCACGAGUUUGGAAGACAAGGAGCUGGAGACGGUCAUCCACUGCUGCUGCGAGUUCGACCCGAAGAAGCGUCCCACCGUAGAGGAGUUGCUGUCGAUGCUAUCGUAG